AUGGAAAUGAAGAACUUGGAAACCGGCAGAAGCACUCCAGGAGUAAAGAUGUUUUUUGACCGUGAAAUACUCAACGUGGAAUUGCUGGAUGAACCAGACUCAGGGAAGGGAACAGCAAUGCUCUCUGAGUACGUUGAAAUGUUUCUUUUCUUUCGUGAAAAGAAGGAAGAAGAGAAUGUGGAGUACACAGUUGUUGAUUGUUUCCAGCAGAAAUUUGGCCCAGCUGUGCUGCACCUGAAACAGCAGUGUGUUGUCAGUAUAGCAGGAGAAGGUGUUAAUUUGUGUCGUCAUGGAAAACUCUCAUGGCUUGAGAUAGCAACAAAGAGCCGUAUUUUUCUAUUUGAUAUCUUCCUUCUGGGACCUCAGGCUUUCAAAAAUGGAUUACAAAUGGUGCUGGAAGAUAAAAACAUCGUGAAGGUCAUGCAUGACUGCCGCUGGAUCUCAGACUGCCUCUUUCACCAGUACGGUGUCAUUCUCUUCAAUGUCUUUGAUACACAGGUUGCUGAUGCUCUGCAGUUCUCAAUGGCAACAGGCGGCUUCCUGCCACACCGUGUCUACACGUUACAGGAGUGUUUGAUGCAGCACUUGAAGAUACCUUCCAAAUGGAAUGCCAUCAUGGAGUGCAGGCAGCAGAUGGCUUCGGAGAAUCCUGACAUAUGGUUCUUGAGACCCUUUCCAGCUUCUCUGCUUAAAGCACUUGCUCUGAAGGCUAUGUACCUUCUGCUGCUCCACUCAUCUCUCAUGGAUAACUUGAUGUCUGACCUAACGGCUGUAGUACAUGAUUAUUUAAAUGCUUAUAGGACUAGAUCUGGAGAUCAUCUUGGGAGCACAAAGCCCACUUGCAUGAAGCUGCCAGAGGAGUUGCGUCAGCUGGCAGACAUCCAGAAGCUGCGAAGGGAGAAAGCGAUAAAAGACUACAGAAUGAAUGAGGAUGGUCUUUUGAUCAGACCAGCCAUGGAAUUAAAAGAGAGAAAUGAUCCACAGAAGGAUGGAAACUGCAGAGAUGACAGGGAUUGCUGUCCUGCAGAUAAAGCCAUGUCUCAGAUUACAUCCUCUUCUAAUCAGGACGUACUUUGUCAAGAAAAUCAACAUCAAGUGGUAAAUCUGUGGAAGAAUCUUAAACCAACCUCAAGCUGGCUGUACGAAUCUAAUUUCUGA